UUGUUUACCAGGAAAAUUUUCCAUAAACUUAUAUAAAUAUAAAAUUCAGCCCCUUCACUCCAACCCAUCUAUAUAUACCAAUUCAUUGUCUCUCAUUUUCAGUUCGCAUCUCAUUUUUUCUUCCUCAUCUUUCAAAAGAACAAGAAUUCAAGCUAAACCAAACAGUAUCAAAACACAGAAGAAGAAGAAGAAGAAGAGAUCAAGAGCCCUUUUUUCAUUAAGAAAAAGCCUUGAUCUUUUUUUUUUUUUUUCCUACUACGUUUUUCAUCUCUAGCUAGCUAGAUAGUUCCUAAAUGGUGAAGCCUGAGAACAAGAUCCAGUCGGGGACGUCAAAGGCAAUGGCAGCAACUUCACCAGCAGCAGCAAACAAGAAGAAGUACAAGGGAGUGAGAAUGAGAAGCUGGGGCUCAUGGGUUUCAGAGAUAAGGGCACCGAAUCAGAAAGUAAGAAUUUGGUUAGGUUCUUAUUCUACUCCUGAAGCUGCUGCAAGAGCCUACGAUGCUGCACUUUUAUGCCUUAAGGGCUCUUCAGCCAAUCUCAACUUCCCUAUCACUUCUUCUCAUUAUAUUCCUGACACUGUUAUGUCUCCUAAGUCCAUUCAAAAAGUGGCUGCAGCUGCCGCUAAUAGUUUCAUGGGCAAUGCCGCCGCCGCCGCCACUGCCUCCUCCCCCACCCCUGCCACCCCAUCAGUAUCAUCACCACCUCUUCCCUCUUCUUUUUCCUCAUCUCCUUCACCUUCAUCAUCAAUAUCUUCCACUUUCUCUGAUCAACUUGAUGAAGAUGUGUCGCUAGUGCAAUCUCUUGGAAGCUACAGUGAGACGAUUCCAAUGCUAGACGACUCAUGGUACAACUUUGAAGAACUGCAAUCACCCAAAUUUCUGGAUCAAAUGUUGAAUCCACCAAUGACUAUGAUGGAUGAUUUUUAUGAAGGUGAUAUUCGUCUAUGGAGCUUUGCAGAAUAGUAUAGUAGUUACGAGAUUUUCAUUUCUCAAGCCAAUCCAUUUCAUUCUUUUUGUCCAUUAAUUCACAUAUUGAUUAUUCUUCAAUGUUCAAUCUUCAUCUGCUGUUGCUUCAAGACAUUACUGACAAAGUGACCUACAAGUUCAUAUGCUAGUGUUUGAUUUAGGUGAGAAAGAGAGACUCACAUGGGGCAGGAGACAUUUUUUUGGACUCUCUCAUGUGGGAUUUUAUAUAUAUUGAAAUUUUUAUGUACUAUCAAAUUAUUCAAGAGUGUGUUGUAAUUGAAUAAGAUUAAAGGUGGAAAAUUAUUUUUAAUUUCAACA